GCACCUGCGUUAUGUUGAUUACUAUGGUAACGUUAAGUUUUACUUUAACAACAUUUAAAAAUGAAACAUAAAAUUGAAAUAUUCCUUUUUAAACUACAAGUUGAUAAAAUUGUGGAGCAAAAAUUGUGUCUUUGUUUGAAUUAUUAAAAAAUUAAAUUUCAAAAUGUCCGUUGUAACGAUUCAAAUCGGCCAGUACGGAAAUCAGAUAGGACACGAAUUUUUUUCAACGCUAGCAAAGGAAUUGUUUUGCGAAAGUGAAAACUGUAAUGAUAAUAAAAAUAAAGAUACUGAAAAUAAAACGGCACAAAAUAUAAAAUUAAAUCAAAAUCGAAUUCUAAAAGAUAGUUUCGAAGAAGAUGGCUUAGAUAUAUUUUUUCAAAAUAGUGCCAAAAAUAGGAAUAGUUACGUCGCUAGGUGCGUAUUGAUUGAUACGGAAGCAAAAGUUGUCGAUAGAGUUUUGUCAUCGUCAUUGUCAUCAAUCUCGGUGUCAUCUGAUAUGCUGAACAAAACAUGGUCUUACAACAAAAAGUUUAAGAUUUCACAUAAAUAUGGCUCUGGAAAUAAUUGGGCUCAGGGUUUUUAUUCAUUUGGUGCUAAAGUUGUUGAUUCAUUAGAUGAGCUAAUUAGGCAUCAAGUUGAAAAAUGUGACAGAUUAGGAGGAUUUUUAUCCAUGAUGAGUUUAGCCGGGGGCACGGGUUCAGGUCUUGGGUCCUACCUAAUUAGACAUUUGAGGGAGUAUUAUGAUAAAUCUGCCAUUAUCAGUCAAGUCAUUUGGCCAUACAGAUCUGGCGAGAUAGCUGUACAGAGUUACAAUUCUAUCCUAUCAUUAGCACAUAUUUACGAGGCUGUCGACUCUAUCGUUGCAUUCAGUAAUGAUGGAAUGCAAAAAACCUGUCAGCUGCAGUUAGGAUUAACUAAGGUUUCUCUUUCAGAUAUCAACAGACUGAUUUCAAUGAAUCUAGUCCAUGCCUUCUUACCGUCAUUUACGGAUGGCUUAAUUGGCUCUUAUGAUUGCCUAGGCGAUUACAUCAAUCACCUCACGCCCCACCCCGACCUCAAAAUGACGUCACUGAUGACCUCGCCGAUGGUUAGUGACCUAAUUAGGCCGUUUACGGUUUACAGUUGGGCCAGCACUUUGAAAGAGUUAGGUCGGCUGUAUAAUUUGCAAGCGACGCCUGGCAACCAGUUUGACCCUGAAUGGCAAUUGAAGUACGACGGAACACUGAACAAUAGCAAGGCAUUUGCCCACAUCUUGAUCAACAGAGGCUUUGAAUGUAGUCUCAGCAACAACCACAACACCAACAGUCAUAAUAAAUAUAAUAGCAAACGAAAUAAUAAUAACAAUAAAGUAGCCGUAAAAAAUGAAUUUUUAAAGUUGAAAUCUUCUUAUCCAAUAUACCAGCCAAACGGUUUUUUGUUUAAGCAUCACCAAAGGCCAAUAUUUAAUCAGCAUAUGAGUUCACUUUUAGCUUAUAAUGACGUCAAUCAAAUGUAUAUAGUUGAUGAAGCGCUAGAAAAAACGUGUAAAUUGUUUGAAAAUCGGACAUAUGUUCAUCAGUAUGAAAGGCAUGGCUGUGCUGUCGAUGAUUUUGUUGAUAGUAUUUUAAUGGUUCAACAGUUACUGUCUAAUUAUGCUAGAUUGUGAUUUUAAAUUUUGUGAUAUUUGUGAAAUAAAAGUACUCAGAGGGA